GGAACGUCUUUGCGUUCUGUGCACUUCAGUUUCAAGUAGCCAUGUCUGACUGUGACUUUGGUGACUGUGAUUGUGAUGGGUAUUGUUGCGAAUGUGGUGACUGUGAUUGUUGCCGAUGUGAUGAAGAUUUUUGCGAAUGUUGUGACAUUGAUUGUAUUGAGAGUUGCUUUACUUGCUGUCAUUGUCUACAUGCGUGUGGCGAAUGUUGCAGAGGGAAUGAACGAUGCUGCGGUGACAAUUCAGUUCGAUAUGAUGUGAGUGUUGAAGGCAGUACAGAGGAAAGAGGAUGCAACUGGUGUAUUUGUUUCUUGGUUGGGGAUAGUUACAGUGCAAGACAUCAAAGACCCCAGAGGAGUUACGAACUGGAUCGGAGUCGUCAAAUUGAAGUUCAAAUGCAACCAAACUCGAGGAGCCUUCCUUGUGCCGCCAAUGGUGUAAAUCCGGCGCAUCCUGCACCUAAUACUACACGCAAGAAACGUACCGCUGAAGAUGAGGAAUCAGACACGCCACAACAAACAGACAAUGAAGACGACAGUCCACCAGCAGUGAUCACAGCUCAGCCGCCAUCUUAUGACGAGGUUAUACACGGGGACGCUAAACAAAGAGACACAGUUAUUACAGCACAACCUGUAUAG